AUGCCGCUCAUACCACUAGAAAACGCAAUCAAGGUUCAAGCCCCCGUAUUCGACUUUCUAGUGGAUCAUGAGGUGUGGGAAACGUUCUUUGACGAAAUUAAGUCGAAGAAUGCAGGCAAAUCCCUGGACAAGAUCCCGCAAUGGCCCUUUAAAAUGACAUCUGAAACGAUGCAAAGCACCCACCCUUCAUCACGCGAGUACACCGAGCAUCUGAAAACCUUCACGUGUCUCAUGCGCAAGCAUGCCAAAAGAGAGUCUUUAUUAUCCGAUAUCAGCCCGAAAGCCGCUCGUUUGAACGCCUCUUCUUCGUCUGUCCCGAAAAUUCCUUUGCCUGCUUUGAAUCUAGCUCCCGGUGCCUGGUCAAAUGACGCUGUUGCCCCAGUCAUGCAGCCACCUUCAACCGUUCCACACGAAAUCAACGCGGAAACACUAGCGGCUUCCCUGCCGCCAAACCUAUCCGAGAACCAGCAGAGACAGUGGUUCUGGGAACUUGUCGCUGGAAACAAUACCUUCAGACCCCCGAUCAUCGGCCCCUUCCAGAUGAAGCUCCCGGCGCACAUCCCGCUCAACACCUGCGUCACCGGUCCUGACCUUCAGAGGCUUCAGAGGAUCAAGUCAGCCUUACUCCCGCGAGGUUCUACUCUCAAGGUAGAGAUUUCAACAGGGGAAGAGAGCGAUGAUGGACUCAGCGCAAUUCUCACUUUGGGAUUUGCAAAAGGAUACGGAGGCAAGGUCUAUGAUCGGGUUGAGCUGCUACGAUUCUGGGAUUGUAUGACAGACUGGCUCUCCAUGGUGUACGAUGGAGCAGCGACGCCACUGUAUGGCCAUCUGUUAAAAUCCCUUGUUUCUCGCAGUGGUAUCGUCAGUACAGCCUCCAAGGGUCUUGAGGGUUUGUACGCCAAGCACCGUGAGAUGGUCACGGAGACUCUGGAAGAGCAAGAGUAA